AUGGCCGAUGGAAGGAAUGAUGAUACGGUGCCGGUGGUCACCAAACAAAUGAGAGGAGUGAUUGCCGAAGAAGUAGGGAAGGCAAUUGAGAAUAGUCUAUCUGGUUUUAUAGACAAAAUUCAAAACACGGUGCUUAAUGUGGUAGAGGAACAAAUCCAAAGGUUGGAAGAAAAUGCCAAACCGAGCCAAGGAAAAUGGCUAAGCGACAUCGAGGGAGUGUUUGAAAGGACCCACUGUGAGGUAAGCGAUUUUGUAGCUUACGGUACGGGUCAGUUAAGAGGUCAAGCCAAGGACUGGUGGGAUAAUAAGAAGAAGGAGAUUGGGGCCGAUGCUGCAAAGGCUAUGACUUGGGAUGAGUUUAAGGCACCAUUCCUUAAACACCAUAGCCCCAAGGCGGUCAUCAACAGAAUAAAGGAGGAAUUCAUCCAGUUGAGGCAAAAGGGUGAAUCGAUAGACAAGAUUAUGGGCAUCUUUCUCGAUAAAUUAAGGUUUUGUGACGAGCUGGAAAUCGAACUCAAAAAGCAGAUUGAACGGGGUGAACGAAGGGCAGUAGAUGUUAACCCGAGCCCUACGAAGAAGGCACUAACAACGGAGUCAAUAAAGAAGACGGAUGUGAAAGGUGGAUCACCGAGUUGCAAAGUAUGUGGAAAGGGACACAAAGGCGAAUGUCGCUUUAAAGAUAAACCAUGCCCCAUAUGUGGAAAGACAGGGCAUACGGCCGCGCUAUGUCCGGGGAAAGUUUCGGUGUGCUAUAAGUGCUAUCAGCCGGGUCACAAAAAGUCGGAGUGCCCGGAGGUGGACGGGAAAAGGAACGAGAAGGAUGUACAGAUGGAGGCACAAAAGGCAAGGGCCAGAUCCUUCCAAUUAACCGCAGCCGAAGUAAAGAUAGAACCUGAUGUCGUUUCGGGUAAGUUUCUUGUGAAUUCAAUUUUAACACAAAUUUUAUUCGAUACAAGUGUGAAUAGUUGCAUAUGGGCAUAUAUGAGUAGUGAAAAGAGUGAAUUAUAUAAAUGA